ACACCCACGAAGAAGAGGAAAACCUGCCUUGCGGUCUCCCCUGGGAACACUGCGGAGUAGGGUGUCGGGAUGACAUCAGCUUCUAAACAUAGCCCGCACCGCACCCCAACUCUGAGCGCAGCGAGCAGAGCUGGGGCGGGAGCGAGGGGAACGCAGGGAGGCGGGUGCUGCUGUCCGCGGGCGGGGCGCGCCGGCCGGCCGGGCUGUGCGGGAGGACAUGACUUUGCAGGAAUCCUGCUCGCAAGAGUUUGCAGGCAAUCUCUCCCGCGAUGGUCGGGCCACGGGGUUAGGAAACAUUCUUUCCAUUCCGCGCGCUCUCUUGCCCCACAGAAGCCACGGACACACGUGCGCACGCACGCAGUCCUGGAAUCUAAGGUGUCUUUAUUUAUAUAAAUCAACGCAAACCCCGGCCGUAGCUCCCAGGUUGGGUCCGCCCGGGGGCAUCCACGCCCUCCGGCCUCGCGCCUGCCUGGGGGCUAAGCCCGCGAGGGGGUCGGCGCAGCCCUCCCGCUGCCAGAAGAGGGAAAGGAGCCGGUUGAGAUACUACAGAGUGGAGUUCGGAACAGAGGAGGUCCACCUGCGCUGGGGGAUCUCAUGCCCAUCUGACUUUCACUGUCCUUGCAACCAAACCGCUCUUGUCAAGGUCACGAAGGAGCUCCAUCCUACUGAAUCCACUGGCCAGGCAUUUCCCUUCAUGCAGCUUAGAGCAAAGAAGACUAAGGAGGGCAGUGAAGGAGGAGGAAAACAGGAAAAAUAUGCCAUCUUAGAAGCAAAGGGGAGACAGUGUUUCAGGGAAAAGAAUUUAAUUCUUCAUCUCCUUUGCUGGUUUCAUUUCUUCUCUGGACUCUCUGAACAUCGCGGUGCCCUGUCCUUUGGCUCUUCUCUAUACCUACACUCGCUCUCUUGGUGAUAGAAUC